CGACAACAGAAAAAAAGAAGGAAAAACCUCUGAAAAACCCUAAUCUCCUCUCUCUCUCUCUCUUCUCCUCCGCCUGCAUAUUCACUCCUGGAGAACAGUUACAGGGAAAGAUGAAUUUGGUGAACAUUAAAGACGUAUUGACUUCAUUCAGUCCUGCUUUAGAUUAUCUCGCUCUUAGCUCCGGUGAUGGCCGUAUCAAGAUUUGGGAUACUGUCAAGGGUCAGGUCCAAACAGAGUUUGCUGAUAUUGCAUCUGCAGAAGAGACUAACAUAUAUACCAGCGGUGGUAAAGGUCAUCUCUCGGUUGAUUAUACCUGCAUGAAAUGGUUGUCUUUGGAGAGAAAGAAGAAGAGAAAACUUGGAACUUCCAUAAUAGUAUUAGGAACUGGUGGGGGAGAUGUUUUAGCACUUGAUGUGGCUUCUGGUCAGCUUAAAUGGAGAAUCAGUGACUGUCAUCCCGGUGGUGUGAAUGCUGUUUCAUCGUCUACAAAGGCCUCUUGCAUAUACAGUGGUGGAGCAGAUGGGAUGGUUUGUGAAAUUGAUCCCCAUAGUGGAAAUCUGAUCAGGAAGUUUAAAGCUUCCACCAAAGCAGUUUCUUCUUUAUCUGUUUCACCAGAUGGAAAAAUAUUAGCCACUGCAUCUGCUCAGUUGAAGACUUUUAAGUGCUCUGAUCUCAAGAAAAUUCAGAAGUUUACUGGUCACCCUGGAGGUGUGCGUUGUGUGGCUUUUACCGAGGAUGGCAAAUACGUUCUUUCAUCUGCAGUUGGUGAAAGAUAUAUUGCAGUAUGGAAAACAGAUGGUGCCAAGAAGCAGUCAGCUAGCUGUGUCCUUGCCUUAGAGCACCCUCCCGUCUUCGUGGAUAGUUGGGGUGAAACUGAUAAAAACGGGUUAUAUGUUUUAGCAAUUUCGGAAGUCGGUGUCUGUUAUUUUUGGUAUGGAUCCAAUGUUGAGGAGCUAUGCAGUGCCAAACCUACAAAAGUGGCAUUAGCAACUGAAGAUUCUUCGCUUAAACAGAACAAGGGCUCAUUGCCUACAAUCUUUGCUGCUAAAUUGCAAGGCAUUUUGAAGCCUGGUUCUGCAAAUGCAUUUAUAGCUUCUGGGUUGCUGGUGAAACCAUCAUUCCAGAAAAUGGUGUUGCAGUUUGGCAAUGACUUGGUGCUGAAUGCCUCUAAAAAUGGCAUCCUUCUUCCCAUCACUCAGUCAGCUUCCAAGUCCAAGAAGGGGCAAGGCGUGCAAAGUAAAGUUACAACAUUGGACCGCGCCCACGCGGAGGAUGCUUUGUUGCCAAUCGCAAGAGUUGCUGAUCUGCACGAGAAAAAGAGGGUACAGCCACACUCAUCUGAGAAGGAUACAGACAUGGUUGACCAAAGUCAAGCGGAUUAUGUAGAAACAUUUAGCAUGGAGGAUAAGUUGAGAUCAAUAGGGAUACUUAAAGGUACAGAUGAACCAAGCAGCCUUUCUUAUACUUCAGUGAUUGAUGGAAUUGAUCUUGAGGCUCAUCUACCACCAAAGAAGUUGAAGUCUGCUGUUUUGUCAAUGGCACCCUCUACUGCAUUCAAGAAUUUAGAAGCUCUGGUUGCUAUGUGGCAGACAAGGGGAUGUGGUGGGAGGUAUAUGCUUCCAUGGAUAUACAGCAUAAUGGUGAAUCAUAGACAUUACAUCAUGUCCCAAGAACCAAAAAACCAACAGCUGCUUAAUACAUUGCAAAAGAUAACCAAGUCCAGAGGAGCGGCUCUUCAACAGUUACUACAGUUAUCUGGGCGCUUAAAGCUUGUUACAGCUCAGAUCAAUAAAGCUGCAGGGAAAGAAACUCAAACAACAGUUCAUGAGCAAGAGAGUGAUGAAAGUGAAGAUGAGGAAGAUGAUGUAGAAGAACAUUUCUAUGGUGAGAAGGAUAAUGAUUCCGAAUUAAGCAGCGACGAUGGAAAGGAUGAAGAUGAUACCUUAAUGGAAGAGAUGUAAGCUAAUAGUGAGUGAAGAGAAAGAGAAGUAAGCUUUGACUCUUCUUCUCACGAUUUUGUCUUUUUGAAUUUGAACUUUUUAAGCAAAUGAUUCACAUUUCUAUUCAGAGCAUUCAUCAAUUUGUCAAAAAACUUAUGUAGUCAAGAGUUAAAAGAAGGUAUUGUAUUACUAUUACCUUUGUAAUGCGUUCAGGUUUUGGGAACUGC